AAGAUGGAGUCUAGCGGUUAGAAGACAUGUCGAGGAAUCAGAGGGAGACAGAAUCUGAACGUCAUAACAGGGAAAGUGAGACAGAUGGUGAUGAAACUUUCCCAAUGGACAACCUGGCAACAUCAGAAGUGGCACAACCUGGUAAUGACAAUGAUGUGGAUGUCGUUCCCCAAGGAAGACAUGGUGAUGGGACAUUCUCCAUGGACAUGAUAGCAUCAUCAGAAGUAGCACAACCUGGUAAUGACAAUGAUGGUAAUGUCGUUCCCCAAGGAAGACAAGGUGAUGGGACAUUCUCCAUGGACAUGAUAGCAACAUCAGAAGUAGCACAACCUGGUAAUGACAAUGAUGUGGAUGUCGUUCCCCAAGAAACACAUGGUGAUGGGACAUUCUCCAUGGACAUGAUAGCAUCAUCAGAAGUGGUCGAGCGUCAGGCCAGUGCCGGAAAUAGUACCAUGGCUGUUUCCGAGAGACGAGAAAGGCAAGCGCUGUCAACUAGAAUCACUGCAGGAUCUGACUUCAAAGGCAUCAUAGUACAGGACUCUUCUGAUGUCAGCUUAUCUGUUGGAGGUCACAAUGAUGGAAUAAUGAAGUCAGAUAUGCUGGAAAUGAAUCUGAAACGAGUCAAAGAUGUCUUUGAGAAAACUGCUAACUACAAGAGAGUGAAAGAACGCUUGGAGAAGUAUGGUCAUGUGACAAUGAGUGGUGCUUCUGGUGAAGGAAAAACGUCCAUUGCCUUGAUGAUCGGAGCAGAUCUCAGGAACCAGGGGUAUGAACUUGUGUUUGUUGAUGAUGUGGAUAAAUUCGAGUUGAAGAAUUGUGACCUGCGUGGAAAGAAAGUUUGUCUGAUACUGGAUGAUAUAUUUGGAACAGUCGGCUUAUCAACUGACGUUCCCCAUCUUAGGACCAUGCUGCAAAAUCUGAAACAUUAUUUAGAAAAUGCUAACUCUAGUAAGGAUAACAAGCGGGAAACACAUCAAGGCGCUGAGUCAGAGAUUCGCGUUAUCUUCACCACUAAAUCAUACAACCUGGAAUGUGGAGUCGCAAAGUUGAAUGGCCAAGAAUAUUAUUUUUUCACUGGACCAUCGCUUCUCGAUUUGACUAAAAGUAAGUCAUGUCAAUACAGCCCCCAGGAAAGAAGGAAAAUACUCCAGAAACAACUAAGACACCAUAACAUCGACCUGGACCUCGAUAUUGGUGAGCUUUGUGACACAAGUGAAUCUUUGUUUGGUUUUCCCCUAAUAUGUACACUGUUUUGUGAAUUUCUGAGUUUUCAGAAAGAACCUGCACAGUUUUUCCGAGAACCCCUAUUUUAUCUACGGCAAGAAAUUGACAUGAUCAUAGAACGUAGAAAUGACCAGUCUGCUGCGCUCAUCCUCAUGUUGCUGUGCGAAAAUAAUCUGAACUUGAGCCAGGUAGAAAUGGAAUCUGAAAAUGAUGUUUUAGAAGCUAAUCUGCAGGCCACAAAACGGGUGGCACAAGUAACGUCAUGGACUGUAGUUGCCAAAGCCGUCAGGUGUUACAGGGGUACAUUUUUCACGGAUGGAGAUAUCCUUGGAUUUUCACACCCCACCAUCUAUGACGCCUGUGCGUGUGCUCUUUUCAAAAUGAAUCCAUCCUUCGUUCUGAACCACUGCAGUAUCAGAUUCCUUUAUGAGCGUGUACGGACCCAGCCAGUCCAGUCCACUGCAAUAGAUAAUCACCUCCACAUCAUCUACGUCUCAGAUGCUUACUAUGACACAGUUGCCUCCAGACUGGCUGACGCUGUUGUCAAAGGCAACUACAGUAUGUCUAUUGCACACCCGAUUUUGAAAAACGAGCAAAUAGUUGACAAAGUGUUCAAGAUGCUUAAACUGAAGAAAUCCAACAAGCUUAACUGGUUGCCGAAUACGGAAGAUGCACAGCGGCUUGCCAUGUUACAUGCAAAGGAAGAAGGGAAGCACUUACUGUACUAUGCAGUUCAUGCACACAGUCUGUACUUGGUUGAGAAAAUCCUUGAUUUUGGGUACGGUUUUUCAAAUGAAGAGAUCAUGGAAGCCUUCAAGGCCUGUGCUUCCUGUGGGAACGAAGCAGUGUUGUUGUUGUUAUCUUCCAAAUAUACGUCACUGCCUCAUCAAAGUGUGCUCAACAGAGCUCUAGUGACUGCCACAGACAAUAAUUACAAAGACGUUGCAUCAGCCUUACUUAACAUUGGAGCUGAUGUCUUUGAAUCAAAAAAUGAUGUUGGAGAAAAUGUCUUUCAAAUUGCUAGGAUGAAGGGGUUCAAUCUAAUAGGAAGAGAAAUAUUUGUAUUUAUUACCAAAGGAUUAUACGUCCAAGAUCUCACUGGAGACUUCGACUUUCAAAGUGCAUCUCAUUUAGCCUUGCAGUACAGCUGUAGAGUAGGUGACGUGAGACUUUCAAAAUUCUUCCUCCCAGUCACUGACAUUAAUGCAAGAGAUUCUAUGGGGAAAACACUGGUUAUGAUUGCUGCUUUAUAUGAGAACUAUAAAAUAUUUAGUCUGCUCAGAUCUGAAGGGGCCGAUGUUCGUAUAACCGAUACUGAUAAUAAUAAUGUACUCCACUUGGUUUGUAGGAGAAACAAUAUUGACAACAGAAUCCUGUCUCUCCGUCAUGGAUACCAUAUAGACAGUAUCGCAAUUGUAAAAUAUCUACUCCCAAUGUUUGACAUUAAUUGUCGGGGAAACCUGGGUUUCACAGCAGUAACGAUAGCAGCUGUUUGUGGAAAGAAGGAUGUUGUCGACCUGCUAGUGUCAAAGGGAGCUGAUCUUACACUAAGAGCUGACAACAAUGACACCCUCCUUCAUCUGGCAUGUCAAGGUGGAAAUAUUCCCAUUGUUGAAUACCUGCUACCACUGUUUGACAUUAAUUGUCGUGGACGGAUGGGACUCUCACCAGUGAUGACAGCAGCUUUGUAUGGGAAGAAGGAUGUUUUCGACUUGAUAGUGUCAAAGGGAGCUGAUCUCACUCUAAGAGAUGACAACAAUGACACCGUUCUUCAUUUGGCAUGUCAAGGUGGAAAUACUCCCAUUGUUGAAUACUUGCUAUCACUGUUUGACAUUAAUUGUCGUGGACACAUGGGUCUCUCACCUGUGAUGAUAGCAGCUGUUUUUGGAAAGAAGGAUGUUUUCGACCUAUGGGACUCCCACCAGUGA